UGAUUUGCAUAAUCCACGAGAUCAAAUAUGGCAGCGCCCAUGGAAAGAUCCAAUUUAUGAACGUCAAAGGGUCAUUUUGUAGAUCUUCAGAGAAGUUAACAUGAGUCUAAGUAAAGAGAGCAGAGAAAACUUUUUUGAGAGACUGUUAAACAACUAUCAAAAAUGGUUAAAGGAAAAACCGUUGCUGACAAAGGCAUGCACAAGUGGAUCAGUGUCUGCCCUCGGCAAUGUCAUAUCUCAGAAGGUUGCUCCGCAGCCAGGCGGGAAGAUUGUGUGGCGUAGCGUGCUAUCAUAUGCAGCUUUUGGGUUUUGUUUGAGCGCUCCUAUUAUCCACUAUUUUUACAUCUGGCUGGAAAAGAUCCUUCCUAGGAAAGAAACAACCAGUCAAAUUGAAAACAUCAAGCGGCUUCUCAUAGACAGAUUUAUCUUUACUCCGCCAUUUAUACUUCUGUUCUUGUAUGUUGUCACCAUUCUUGAGGGUCAUGGUUCUGCAGUUGCCAUUAAGAAGAUCAAGGAGCAGUUCUGGACAAUCCUGAAAAUGAACUGGAAAGUGUGGACAUUGUUUACAUACAUAAAUGUUAACUACAUUCCACAGAAGUACCGAGUGUUGUUCGGGAACAUGGUUGGUCUCUUCUGGUCAGUGUUUGUUGCCUUGAAGCGAAGGCAGAUGAGUGCCUGAAGAGACAAGCCAGUACUUUUACUGUGAAAAUGUUGGCCGCGUUUUGCUUGGGUUAGAUUGUUAUAGACAAUUUAAUUUUUGUAUUAUGGGAUACAUGAAAGAAGUUAACUUCA